AUGAGUCCGGAAGGGCAGCAGCUCAUGGCGGAGAUGCAGCGGCUUUUCAAGGAGCAGGCGCAGCUGCUGCAUCGGCGCCUCGCCGAUUCGGAGCAGUCCGUGGAGCGUCGCAUCAUUGAUUCGGAGACCCGCAUCGACGGUCGCAUCGCCGAGUCGGAGACACGUAUCGAUGGGCACAUCGCCGAUGCGGAGCGCCGUCAGGACGAGCGCCUGAAGUCCAUCGAGAAGGCAACUGAACCCCUCCUGAAAUCACUUGAUUGGCCCACUUUUUGCCGCAUGCUGCAUGAGCGCUUUGGCCGUGAUCAACACCAAAUUCUGAUCCGUCGCAUGUUCCAUAUUCACCAAGAGUCCACUGUCACCGAUUAUGUGGAGCGCUUCUCUGAAUUGAUCGAUCAGCUCAAAGCCUAUAACCCAAACAUUGACAUGCUCUACUAUACAACUCGUUUUGUUGAUGGUUUCCGUGAAGAUAUUCGUUCUGUCAUUGUGGUUCAGCGACCCCAAAACUUGGAUACUGCAUAUACCUUGGCUCUGUUGCAGGAAGAGGUGGCUGAUCCUAACAAGCGCAAGGACGGUCGGCGUGAUCUGGCAUCCUAUCCUCGGCCGGCAUUCAGGAAUGCGUACCCUCUCCCUCCUCCACCGGGAGCGGGUGAUCGCAAUCUAAAGCCUGCUGAUGAUGGAUUCACAGUACCGGCGAAGGCCAAGACUGCUGAAGACAAGUUCCGGGCACUGCGUGCCUAUCGCCGUGCACGUGGUCUCUGUGACCACUGUGCGGAAAAAUGGUCCCGUGACCAUAAGUGUGCUGCCACUGUUCGCCUUCAUGCAAUGCAGGAGGUAUGGGAACUCUUUGCCAUAUCUGAUGAAACUGACUUACUCAAGUUGAAGAGCAGUUGA